AUGGAUUUAAUUGUCCGAUGUUGGACCGAAACACCAGAUACCAGGCCUAAUAGUGCCGAUCUCAACAAAGAACUGGCCAAAUUAUGCAGCGCAUUCGAUGGGUUUUCGGGCCCAUUACUGGAUCGCAUACUGCGGCGGCUAGAAAAUUACUCCACCGCGCUAGAGCGAAAGGUCGCUGAUAAAGUGUACCAAGUCCUUGAAGAACAAGAGCGCUGUGAUGAGUUGCUGAAGGAGAUGUUGCCCAGUCCUGUCGUACAGCAACUGCGGCAAGGGCGCGUUGUUGUGCCGGAGGUGGUGGAGGAGGCCACUGUGUUGUUCUGUGAUAUCGAAGGGUUUGCGGAGUUUGUGAUGGUUUCGACAGCGGAAAAGGUCUUUCGAUUCCUGGAUGCGGUGUAUGUGCUGUUCGAUCGGGUGGUAACGACACGGUCAGUCUACAAGAUGGAGACCAUCAGCAGCUGCUAUAUUGUGGUUAGCGGAUUGGUGCUGCAGCUCGGAACCCAUCAUGCAGAAGAAGUGUGCCGUACCGCACUGGCUCUGCACCAGACUUUCCGGAGAACUGCGCCAUCUACAAUAUGGAGUUUUCCGCGGGCAUCCACAGCGGUCCGGUUGCAGUUGGUGUCGUCGGCGCAAAACGUCCACGAUAUUGUUUGUAAGUGGUUAUUUUUGGUACAAACAUUGUUGUGGUUACGUUUUCAAGAAUAUUACUGUAUGCUGAUUAUCGUGAUGCAGAUUCGGCGACACGGUUAA